UGCGACAUCGAUCUUGACCACAGCCCCAACGUCAUUUGGCUAGAGAGAAGCUGCCGUCUCUCUCUCUGGGUGUGUGCGUGCUGCUUCUUUUGAUCCUCACCCCUCUUUACACGGCUUUACAGAGCAGUGACCGAGAAGCCACACAGAGAGCUUCAGCCCUCCUUCCUUUGGACCAGCCUUGAACGAGCUUCUUUGCAGUCACAGACUCCAAGAGACAAGGAGCAGAGCCAGCAUCAAGAUGGCAACCCACCGUGCCGAUGCCAGCGCACUCCUCGACAACCGCGGCUACACGGGUCCCCUAAUCCGCGGUGUCAACCCCGCGACGCUAUUCGAAAAGGCUGUCCGCGACCGCAUCACGGACUCAUACUACUGGAAAGAACAAUGCUUCGGUCUCAAUGCCGCCACUCUGUGUGAUCGCGCAGCGGAACUGACCUCUAUCGGAGGGACGUAUGGCGUUGGGCAAAAACCAACACCGUUCCUGUGUCUUGCGUUCAAGAUGCUGCAGCUCGCGCCAGAGAAGGACAUCGUGUUGGAGUAUCUGAAUUUCACCGAUCCAGGGAGUGAUGCGGAAGGCGACACAGCAGAGGACGCGGAUAACGGUGUGGUGAAAUCCCGUGGCGAUUUCAAGUAUCUGCGCGCACUGGCAGCGUUUUAUAUCCGACUAACCUUUGAUCCUGUCGAUAUUUACAAGUCGCUAGAACCGCUGCUGUUGGACUACCGGAAAUUGAGACGCAGGAUGCGAGAGGGAUUCGUGCUGACAACGAUCGACCAGUUCGUGGACGAUCUGUUGACCAAGGAUCGCGUGUGCGCGACGAGUCUUUGGAAAAUUCCGUCUAGACAGCAGCUGGAAGACCUGGACUUGUUGGAAGAGAGGGUCAGCCCGUUGGCUGAUGAGCUCGAAGAGCUAGAGAACGAAAGCGACCACAGCAACGAAGGCAGUCGACACAGUGAUGCUGAAUCCUCCGGACACGCUAGCGAGGACUGAUUUUUUCUGAAUCGAGUCGCGGGAAUCUUGGACUCCAAGGCGUAACACUACGAGGGAGUAGAAACUCAGACUGACGGGCUACUUCUUUUCUCUUCCGACCUGCCGCUUACGGUUGUCUUGUCUGUUGCCGUUGACAGCACUGCAUGUCCAGACGCUAGUCACUCAGCUACAGCUGUGUGAAGCCAAUAGAUCGACACUCUCCAGCGUCCUUCCGUUCCUGAGCCUUACUUGCUCUCCCACAGCGAUAUCCCAAGGUCCCGGGGAUCCGAAAUCAGACCAUCAUUCUGCCUCGGAAUGGGGACAUAUCGGGGAAAACAAAGACACGAGCAUCCAGGCUCUUCAUGCGGCAAUUCCAUCCGUACCAUUCGGCCUGUCAGGGACAUCUCCAGAACGUGAGUUGGCUUUGCCCGAGAACAU